CAUUGACGGGGCCUGGGCGCAUUGCAGUGGAGGACACUCCUGAGUCUCUGCAUUGAUAUGUCCGGGCCAGCCAUUCUUUUCUGUAGGUCGUUGAACAGCCCACCCAAUCCGACUACAUUUCAACGACUCGACAGCAACCUGUCCUCCGAAUCCCAGCCGGCCCGGAUUCCUUCUCCCAUCCAGAAACCCACGGCAAAGCAACUGUUUAUUGCGAACACAUCGCCAUGUCUCGACGCCCGCCGAACCCCGCUGCCGAACGGGCAGCCAAAAACCAGCAGACGAUCAAGUCGCUCCUGAAACUCGAGGCCAACAAGGUGUGCGCUGACUGCAAGCGCAACAAGCAUCCACGAUGGGCCAGCUGGAACCUCGGCGUCUUUAUUUGCAUCCGCUGCUCGGGCAUUCACCGUGGAAUGGGUACACACAUCAGCCGUGUCAAGUCCGUCGACCUCGAUGCUUGGACUGACGAGCAGCUACAAAGUGUCUUGAACUGGGGAAAUGCUCGCGCCAACAAGUACUGGGAGGCCAAGCUGGCUCAGGGCCACGUCCCCUCCGAAUCGAAAAUCGAGAACUUUAUUCGCACCAAAUACGAGCUCAAGAGAUGGGUAAUGGAUGGCCCGAUGCCAGAUCCCUCGACACUAGAUGCUGAGGGUGACGAUGAUGUCCCGCUGAGUGUGGUGAAGGAGAAGCAGACUCUGGAGAGAAACGGAUCUCUUCGCGGCCAGUCCAGCACUCCGACUGCGGCCUCACGAUCUGUCCCCGCCCCUAUUCCGGCCCCGGCUCCCGUACCCGACCUUAUUGGUGCCGACCCGAUUCCGGUUAGAGCCAGCACCACCGGACCGACAGCGUCAAAGGUGCCCCCGAAGGCCGAGCCUGCCCCGCCCAAGGCUACGAGCUCAAAUGCUUCGCUUUUGGGACUGGAUUUCUUCGGCACGGAAACUGCAGCGCCCCCAAGGCCCGCUAGUACGACGGGUACUUCGGGUGGUACCAACCAGUCGCGUCCCGAUCUCAAGCAGUCUAUCCUCUCUCUUUAUGCCAGUGCACCUCGUCCACAGCAGCAAGCCGCGCCCUCACACUCUCACUCAGGGUCCUUUAGCGGAAUGAGCGGCAUGUCCUCCCCAAGCAUGUCCCAGACCCAAAAUGCUUUUAGUGGGCUUAAUGAUGCUUUCAAUAGCCUCAGUUUCAACAGUCAACCCUCCCCCAAGCCCGCCCAAACCGAUGCCUUUGCUAGCCUCGGUAGCUUUGGAUCUCCCCGACCCUCGUCCCAGACUAGCAACAAUGCCUUUUCCGGCCUAAGCGGUGGCAGCUUCUUCGACUCCAAGCCCGCCACAUCCUCCCACCAAUCCAAGCAGUCCAUCAGCAGCCCACUGGGCUUCUCAUCAACCCCUUCUCCUGCGCCAGCCUCUAAGCCCGCGCCCGCUUCCUCCGCCCUCGGUGACCUGUUUGACUUUUCCACAACAGCUACUACUACUACCGCUCCUCCCUCGGCCGCCGCCCCGAAGCCUUCAUCUGACUUCAGCUCCGCAUUUAACCUUUCCAAGCCCGCCGCAACCACGCCGGCCCCUGCAGCCGCUACUUCAACAACACCAAACCCUCUUGCCUCUAUUGCGACGUCUAACGCCUGGUCAGAUGCAGGUGUAUGGGGUUCCAACGAGUGGGCCUCCGUCCCUGAGCCCCCCAAGCCUGCGGCUCCUGAACCGCCCAAGCCAGCACCUGUUACCUCUAUCCCUCUUUCUAACGAUUUUGGAUGGGGCAACAGCACCACCACCACCUCCACUACCGGCGGCUCCUUCGCAAGCCAACCUAUUGUCCCCAGCGCUUCGGGCGGCUUUGCGCCAGCACCAAAGGUGGCGGCCGAUGAGGAGUUUGGGGGCUGGAUGAGCAGCACUACCACACCAGCUGCUCCGAGCGGAUCCAAGCCGGCUACCGGGUUUGGUGGCAGUGACGACCUGUUCUCAAACGUCUGGCAAUAAAAAACCUUAGAACGGCAAUUCAGGGAUCUCUGAUAUGGGGUU